AUGCUUGAACAAAGGCUACAAUCGUCUGGGGAGCUCAUUACUAAAGUCCGGGUAGAGUCUCUGAGUUGGCAUUGCCAAGGAACAGCUUGCAUCAUCUCAGCAUCACUGAACGGAACCGAGCCCAUCAGCAUCCUCGGGCUUAUCCUGGGCAUCGGCCUGGCCUUGCUGCUCCUGGGCAUCCUGGGCUACACCAUUCUUAAGUGGUACCUGAGAGGACCAGGCUGGCAUCGCCCUAAUUUUGUUUUCAACCUGUAUCACAUCCGCAGCCUGAAGUCUGUGGAAGUGGAGCUGGCCCCGCCGUUCACAGUCAGCGGCUCCAUGAGCAACAUGGGAAGUGGCUACAUGCGGUUCCAUGACAGGAACAUGUGAUGCUGCGAAGCCAGAGAUACUGAUGCUGCGAGGU